AGCGGCCCCAUCCAGCUGUGGCAGUUUCUACUGGAGCUUCUGACGGACAAGUCCUGUCAGUCCUUCAUCAGCUGGACGGGAGACGGCUGGGAGUUCAAGCUGUCCGACCCUGACGAGGUGAGAGGUCAUGACCCUCCCACCACUGACCUUACAUGGCAUGGGGGCCCUAAAUAGUUAGACAGAUGAGCUUGAUGUCUUUUUAAUGUGAUGCCAACAACAGUAUCAUUUGCCUCACUUAGACUCAGAGGAACCUUAGUGGUAUCAGGUACAUUUAGCUACAUUAAAUAUUGAUCCAUGUCAAGAGAAGACAUGUACAUGAUAACAUUGUAAUGUGAGGUUAGUUCAGAGCUCUGUCUCAAGUUUGAUACAUGGUAUAACAGGGUGCCUUUUCCCUCUAUGACUCAGGUGGCUCGGAGGUGGGGGAAGAGGAAAAACAAGCCCAAGAUGAACUACGAAAAGCUGAGCCGAGGCCUGCGCUACUACUACGACAAGAACAUCAUCCACAAGACAUCAGGGAAGCGCUACGUCUACCGCUUUGUCUGUGACUUAAAAAGCCUGCUGGGAUACACCCCCGAGGAGCUCCACGCCAUGUUGGACGUUAAGCCUGAUGCGGACGAG